AUAUAUCUACUCUGGCUAAGCCGAACAAGCCGUUGAAAGCUUGCUCACAUACAUAAGGGAGCAGGGAGCCGUGUUCAAUGUUUCUCCAUAGACUUGACUCAAGCCUUCGCCCCGAAAGAAAUAUCGAGAUUUCCUCUGAAAGAGAGCCUGUUUUCUUGACCAGAGAAGAGGGAAGUCAACAACACUUCACCCAUGAUCAACACCAUGGAGUGUGCCGUGGACGCACAGAGUCUGAUCUCGAUUUCUUUGCGGAAAAUCCACAACUCCAGGACGCAGAGAGGAGGUAUCAAGCUGCACAAAAACCUCCUGGUCUCCUACGUCCUGAGAAACGCCAGGCAGCUGUACAUGAGCGAAAAGUACGCGGAGAUAUACAGGAUGCAGCAAUACGAGGAAGUGAUGACCGUUUGUAACGAAAUUCAGGAGCUGAACCCGCUCGACUUGGCCGAGGACUGUAUGGAGCAAGGCGAGGAGUGCUGCGGCAACGGCGCUGGGAGCGAGCCGGCGAGCCUAUGCGGUGCGCUACUGCCAGCUAGCCAUACAGCCGCGCAAUCGGCGCACAUCCAGGCACCCAGCGCCUGCUCUGCGCCUUUGUCGCUCCCCGGCGAAGAGGUGUGCAAGGAGCCGGGUACAUCGUUCUACCGGAGCUGUUGUGUCGAACCUUACCCCGUGUCGAACUGCGACUUUUCCCCAGCCAACAGCAUGCACUGCAACAAGACGACAGUGCUGGACCUGGACACGCAUGUAGUCACUACUAUUGAGAACGGGUACCUCCACCAGGACUGCUGCGCGCCGCUCCAGCAGUGUUGUCAGGGCGCGCAGUCGCCAGCUAAGAAACGCAAGGUUGACUUUGGGUAUUACGUGACCGAACCCGAGGAGAUACCGGAUUUUACGCCGUGUAAACGGGCAAGGUUUGACGACUUUUCCUGCCUCAACUCCGAUCAGCUUGACUCUUCGAACAUUUCCAAUCUUAUCUCCAUUUUCGGAUCGGGGUUUACGGGGCUGGUGAGCCGACAGGCGGACUUUGAGCAAACCCUAAACGGACAGUUCUGUAGCACGCAAGCCUUAGCGAGCCUUGGAGCAUGGACUCGAGCAAUUGUGGCUUUUUGACUCCAUGGUAAAUUAGAAACAAGUAGUUAAAUAAAAUUGUACAGAGUUUAAAACAAAUCGACUUUAUUUUUGCAAGAACAGCACAUAGGCUAUUUAAUUAUCAAGCAUUUUUGUUGUUUAUUUCAUUUUCGUUUAAAUAUGGAGGGGUGGUUACACGACGUGAUGUGGAGGCUUUCUUUAGACCUAAAUGUCGACCUAAACAUUUGGAACAUUUGAAUGGCUGUUGCGAAUCCUUAACGAAGUUAAUUUCGUUGCCUUAAACCAAUGCAUACUGCUAGCUACUACUGCUACAGACAUUUAAAGUGACUGAAUGUUUCGCUUUUCGAACUUUGUUAAGAAAAACCAAUGAACACAAUUGUCUAGUUCAAAUACACUACAUAAUUCCG